AUGACGACUGAUAGAAAAUGGGCGGACUUCGAGUUGGAGGACGACGGCGACUUGGGGGAACUCGCGCCUACCCCUGGGGGCUUCGAGACAAGACCUGAUAGUGACGGCAUUAAGACUAUUACUAAUUAUGUACAAAAUGCUAAAGGAGAAACCCUUAAGAUAGUGAAGCGGGUUAAAGUGACUAAGGUUGUACACCGCAUAAACAAAGCAGUAUAUGAGAGGAAGAACAUUCCUCUCUUUGGCCUCGAGGCAGCAGAGGGAAGCGCUGGAAAGGCAUUUACCGUCAGAUCUGUGGAGGACAUUCCCUUAGAGAUAUCUAAGGAGACGAUGUUAAGGGCAAAAUUCAAAGAAGAUGAAGAUGAUGAAGAUAUACAGUUUGCUGAUUUAAAUCCAGCAAAAACUUCGCGGGAUUUACGACAAAAAUUCUUGUCUCUUCAAAACGAGGACGAACCGGUACAGCAGCAGCAACAGCAGGAGCAGCAGCAGCAACAGCAGCAGCAGAAGUAG